CAGCGGCGCCGCCGAGGAAGGUUGCAUGGCUGAGUGAGGRCUCGCUGUCCAGAGUAUCAUCAUCAAGGACUACAGAACAUGUCCAAAGAAAUGCAGGAGCUACAGAAGCAAUGGCACUCCAUGGUACAGUCCAUCCACAGUAACUCAAAUGUUGUUGCAUUUAUGAACUCUCGUUUUGGCCAAUACUUAGAUGACCAUCCAUUUGUUGCCUUAUCACUCCUGAUGUUUGUUGCAGUGUCUGCUAUUCCUAUUGCAUUUUUUCUGAUUUUUGUUGUUUCAACAGCCAUAAUGGCCUGUAUUGGUGUGAUAAUUAUGGAAGGUGUUGUAAUAUCAAUAGGUGGCAUAGCCCUCCUGUGUGUGCUGUGUGGGCUGGGAGCACUGUCACUGGGAGUUUCUGGAGUACUGAGUGCUUGUUAUGUCAUUCUUUCAACCCUGAUCAACUACUGGUAUGCUCAGAAGAGUCAGGUAAAGAAGCAGGAGGCAUUGGGAACUUCAUUGCACAAGAGUCCUUCUAUUYUGGAUCUCUCUGCCAAUAAUGGAAAGAGUGAAUAAGGGAAAUUCUCCCCUUUUCUUUGAUGGGCACUUAACAUCACCCUUCUGACCUUUACAGUGUAAUUGUUUACUCAUUGAGCAUUCAAGCUCUGUGCACUGCUUAUAAAAACUGAAGAAAAUCAAUAUGCUUCUUGUUACUGUAAGAGUAACAAUAACCCUUAAACAGUGCAUUGUGAUAUCAAGUCUAUGCCUAUGGCAAAAUGUUCCACAGAAUUUGGUAAAAGAAAUAUACUGAUAGCAAGUCAAUAACAAAAUCCAUUUACUGACUAUUUAGAURAUCUUUCAAGAUUUGUAUGCAGCACUGAACUUUUUUAGUACAUGGUAAUAGUCAAAGCUCACCAACACAGAACAGGUCUCUUUUGAAUGUUGAAAAGUAGUCCUAGGCCUUAAUGUUCUGUUAAAGCAGUAAAUAUGCCACAAUAAUUCCUUGUAAUACCAGAAGAAGUGGAUUUUGUUAUAUGUAACUCAUGACGACCUUCUACAUACUUUUUGUACAGUGCCUUUUUCUGAAGGGAUAUUUUCUUCAUUGCCUCAUCCCCAUCCAUGGUGGGCAGUUAGAUCUUGCAUUKUGGCAGAGUAGUUUGGAUAUUUUAAAAGACYUAUCUUGUAUUCAGUUUAGCUUCUUGUAUGUACUUUG